UCCUACUCGCAGCUUCUUCAUGACAACGUCCUCACUUUCUCUGUGAGUUCAGCUGGGGUAAGCGUCAUAGUUAGAUGAUAUUUAAGUGUUAGUCCACCAUAUUCUGGAGCUCGCCUGUCGAACACUCUACUAAAAAGAAUCAUACCGUUGGCACAACUUCAACUCUCUUGUCAGCAACGAUGGUCCACCAUCAGAAAUAUGCAGGAAAUGCCAUAUUCUUAGCCAUAUUUAUGUCAUACAAUUCCCAGUGGCACCACUGCACAGCCGACGAGGGAGACUUCAAUUUGACAAUUCUACACACCAACGACGUUCACGCACACUUGGAAGAAAGCAACAAAUAUGGCGGCAAAUGCUUUGAUAAACAAAAUGAAAAUUCCACUUGCGUCGGCGGAGUGGCCCGUAUUGUCACAAAAGUGAAAGAAAUAAGGCGAGAAGACCCUAAUGCGCUGUUCCUGAACGCCGGAGACUUUUUCCAAGGCACACCUUACUACACGCUCUUCAAACAGGAAGUCGUAUCCGAGGUCAUGUCUAGAAUGGGCUACAACUUUGCAUGUCUUGGAAACCAUGAAUUCGACGAUGGACCAAAGAAUCUUGCUCCUUUCCUUAAAAAAAUGAAUGAAUCUAAUGUUACUAUAGUUGGAACAAAUACGGAUUUUUCGAAGGACGAAGAUCUCAAACCUUACAACCUUCCGAAGCAUGUAAUAACGACAAUUAACAAUAGAACGAUUGGUAUUCUCGGCGCAGUUAUUCCUAGUACAAAAUAUGGUUCAAGUCCAGGACCAAAUGUGGAAUUUUACGAAGAAAUAGAGAGCUUUAAAAAUGAAACGGCUAAGCUUCGUGAAAAAAAUGUGACUAUAAUUAUUGCAAUCACACACAGUGGCUUUAAGCGCGAAAUCGACAUAGUCAAGGAUGUUUCAGAUAUAGACAUACUGGUUGGUGGACACACAAACACGUUUCUCUACACAGGAAGUGGCCAUCCAAAGGAAAAUAAGCCGGCAGAUGUGUACCCAUACGUUGUGAACAGAAGCGACGGCAGCCAAGCGCUUGUUGUGCAAGACUACUGCUUCGGAAAGUUCCUCGGCAGACUGCAUGUCACAUUCAACAGCACCGGCCAUGUAGUAAACUGGGGAGGCAACCCUAUUCUGCUGGACCGUAACGUAACGGAAGAUGAGUGCAUAAAGGAGGUGUUAGAACCAUUCAAGGAAAACCUCACAGAACAGAUGAGCGUCGUGAUAGGUAGUACUAAAGUCCUCAUGGAGCAUAACCACGACAUAUGUAGAAUGCAAGAGUGCAACCUCGGCAACCUGAUUGCGGAUGCAUACUAUGAGUAUUACCUUAACAUGAGCAACACGACGAGCCCUUUCUGGUCGGACUUGAACGGUGCCGUCGUCAACGCUGGCAGCAUCAGAACGGCGCUCCCGAGCUUCUACAACGUGACUUGGGGUGACGUGGUGACUACUCUUCCAUAUGGAAAUUCGCUAUUAACAAUGACACUUACCGGAACUGACGUGCAACAAAUGUUCGAGCACGCCGUCACAAACUACACGACAGAGGAAGAUAAACAAAAAGGACGUUUUCUUCAGGUAUCAGGCUUCCGGGUGGAGUAUGAUCUGACGAAGGAUAACUAUCAGCGCGUCGUCUCUAUCAGCGUUCUCUGUGCAAACUGCAGCGUGCCAACGUACCAGCCACUGGAUGAUAAUAAGACUUACAAGAUUGUUGCCGCAGAUUUCAUUGCAAGAGGUGGCGAUGGAUUCAAGUUUACCAACUCCGUGACUGUAAGUGACGUAGCUUUUUGUAGAUGCGGGCUCAGGUGUCCCACGACGGGACGUAUUGUUCCCCGCCCCCGGUCAACACGGGCGACCAGGCAUCCCCGAACCUCAACGAGGAAGCCCACCGCAGAGCGCGAGAGCUGACUCACUGCGCCCGGCCGGCCUCUCGGGAAGACCGCCGAGCCGAACGAGACAGACUGACCGGAUACAACGACAUCACAAAGAUGCACCAACCAGCCAGAAGAACAUUCCCACCAUCCAUCACACAGAGACCUAAACAGGGCACAAGCACUGGCUCUACGCCAACUACAAACAAAUACCUUCCCGAACCCGCUUUACCUCAAACGGAUAUUCCCUCAAGUACACAAAGAAGACACAUGUAAGAUUUGCAAACGGGGCACAGCUACGCUCAAACACAUGCUAUGGGAAUGUAACACCCAACGCAUAAACGAGUUAAACUGCAAGACCCUAUCACUGAGGCUGACGGCCGCUCUGUGCAGCUCCGACCUCGGCGACCAACUCUGGGCCGUCCAGCAGGACAGCGUAAAAAAAAAAGAAAGAAAAAAGAAAAAAAAAAAAGAUGUUUGUGCUUUACUCGUAGCGCGCGAAAUAUGAAAAGUUCCACGUGAUUACGCGCUCUUAAGGGGCAGACGACCGCCCAGAAUAAUAUUCGGUGUAAAUGAAAAGCCCAUGUGAAACAUUCUGUUGGGGCAUUAAGUAGGAACUAUAAUUUUAACCUGGCACAGAAAGUCGCAGUAUACUGUAUGUAAUAACGGCUUUACGUCGAAACCGCGGUGCUAAAGCUGGAUGUUCACCCCUUGACUGCAGGUUACUGUGCGUAAGCUGCAACCUAUUAAGCGCACCAAACGUAUUGUUUAAUAGUACAGUCUUUAUAUCAUAUAGGUCUUUGCGCUUUAUUUCAUGUGCAUUAUGAUCUAAAAAAAGUUCAUGCUUACAAACGCCACUGUCUUUGUAGCAGUGAGUGGAAUGCAUUGCAUGGCGGCACACAUACAUGCUUCUGCACGCGUGCAAGCUUGCGGGUGAGUAUUCUGAGUUUUGUGGUCUUCGCGUGAGAUACAAAACUCAAUCGACUAAUUGGGCCGUUAAUGGGUUCCAGCUCUUCACGAAGAGCACUACUGGUAUGCCAUACACGACUUGCUACCCCUCAAUGCCAACCGGAAAAGGCAAUAUCAAAGAGGCCGUCGGUCGCACAGUGCCGUCUUAUCAUCUCGUCUGCUCUGCGCACUUAGGCGCCUUAAACUACCUGCCGUCGUCGAAUCACCAUAAGAAAAAAAAAUAUCAAUCACAGAUGUAAUGACGCUGUGGACUACAUU